CCCAAUUGGCAACAAAUGUAAUUCAGCAAACACUCGAGGGCAUUAUCAGUAAAGUGCAGCAUAUAUACAACACUAAAAGUCCAGCUGCUGUGCUGUCUUCUGUCGCAUCUUCCGGUUUCACAUCGCACGGCAGAUAAAAGGAUCUGUCAAUCUGAGUAGAGUUUGCAAGAUGGAGAGCUUGAACAGCUUUUGGCAACUGGGUGAUGAGCUCCGAGGGCAGUCAAAAGUCGCAGAAGAUCACAAAUGGUUAAUGGCUGCUUCAAAAUUGGCUGAGCAGACAAGGGUAAAGGGCGAGCGUAUGAAUAACCUUGAUCUUUCAAAGGGCCCAGCUGAACAAAGGGCAAGGGAUAAAUUUGGGUUCCAGGAAGAUAACAAAUUUGAAGGCCAAUACUUUAACAUGCUGAGCUUGGAUUCUAAAGUAAAUGAAAAUGUGAGCAAAAGUUCCUUCAGGAAUGGUAUUUAUAACAUGAAUGCAGUUUACCAGAAAAACAGUGCAAGCAUUGUGGGAAACAUGACUGGAAACAAGUACAGCAACAAAGAAAUCAACAACAGCAACAAUAACAACAACGAAUCUGCAAAUACAGUUGAGAAAAGGUUCAAGACCUUGCCGGCAACUGAGACGCUCCCAAGAAAUGAGGUGCUUGGAGGUUACAUCUUUGUAUGCAACAAUGACACAAUGCAGGAAGAUUUGAAGCGACAACUAUUUGGUUUACCUCCAAGGUAUAGGGAUUCUGUUCGGGCAAUAACACCAGGCCUGCCGCUGUUUCUCUACAAUUAUACGACACACCAGCUGCAUGGCAUUUUUGAGGCAGCAAGCUUUGGUGGUUCAAACAUUGAUCCAACUGCUUGGGAAGACAAGAAGUGUAAAGGUGAAUCUAGGUUUCCUGCUCAGGUAAGGAUCUGUGUUAGAAAAAUCUGCAAGGCUUUGGAAGAAGAUGCCUUCAGGCCAGUUUUGCACCACUAUGACGGUCCCAAGUUCCGUCUUGAGCUGUCAGUUCCUGAGACCCUGGAGCUAUUGGACCUAUGCGAACAAGCGGGCUCUGCAGCAUAAGCUAAAUGUUGGCAGCAAUAUGUCGAUGUAGGUUUUUGUGGUGCAUAUCAGCUGUGUGCUUUCAACAGAUUUUCCAUGGAGCGCAAGCUUGGGGGGUUAAGUCUGGUGGUUUUUUUUUCCUUUUUUCCUUUAUCGUCUGGAGUUAUAUAGUGUUCUCGUGAGUGAGCGCUGCUGAAUAAGUGAUCUCGUCUCGUGAAGUUGCUUGUUUUAAGUUGUACAACACUUGAUAGCUUUGAUAACGAUGAAAAGCAGUCGGAAGAUGUAAAAGAGAACCGACUGCGCUGUCGCUGUGUAAUGUAAUGAUAAAACCUCCUUAAGGUCAAGUCCUUAGUUGAUGGUGUGCCUCAAAUUUGUACCCAUAAACUUGAGUUGGGGAUGCCCGUCUCUUGUUCCUAGUGUUGGUUUUUGGUAAAAAUAAAGAGCAUCUACCAUGUUGUUUACUAA